AUGGGUCUAGGAUCAAAGAUCAAGGAGGCACUUCAUAGUGACCAUCAUGACAAGGCCACGUCCGAUGUGAAGCCGCCGGGAGCGUUUCCUCAAGACGACAUCCCUCAGAAACAUGCCGAUGGUGGAAACUAUAUUGCACCACACGGCAGUCUCGUCGACAAGAACAGGAACACCACUGGCCAAACCGCUGGACUAUCCGGAACCACAGCCUCAGGGACAGCUGGCCCAGACUCGUUGGGUUCAUCUGGCACUCAACGCCAUAAGCUGCACAAGGAGGGGGAGGGUUAUAUACCUUCAGACACGAGCCAGACCACUCACGGUCACAAGACUGCCGACUCUGGUAUUGGUCUUGGUCAGACCUCAGGCAAGGACCGUACCAGCGAAGGCGCCUACUGGGGUGAUCUUUCUUCGGGCGGCCACCCGAGCAAGACCGGCAGCGCCCAGCACAACCCCCUCCAUGGCGACCAAGUUGUAGGGGGUGGCGUGUACAACACUGUUGCCGGCGCUGGCAGCCCAGAUUACGACCGCUCACACGGCAGCGGCAAGCCUCACGCCUCAGGCGGUGCUGUCCACGAUCCGCUCACAUCAAGCACGAAGGGCACAAGCGUUCCAUCCGGAUCCAACGAGUAUGACUACAAGACCAGCCUCGGAGGAUCCGGUGCGCCGACUUCCCGUGACGAUCGCACAGGCCCAGCUCUGGCGAGCGCCGGUGGCAUCGGCGCAGGAUACGGUGCAGACGAGCUGGCCCACCGCGGCCACGGAAAUACGCACAGCCAACAUAGCGAUAUCCGAGGCACUGGCGCUCCCGGUUAUGGCAAUGACCAUUCUGGUGUUGGCGCAUCUGAACGUGGACUGUCUCAAGGAGGCCUGAACCACCAAGGAGGUCUGUCCCAAGGCGGGUUGUCCCAAGGUGGUUUGUCUCAAGGCAGCUCGUCCCGUGGCCUGACGGGAGGCGGUCUCAGCAGCGGGGGCGGAUUGUCUGGCAACGGUCUUUCAGGAUCAAACGUCGGCAGGUCUGCAGGAUAUGGUGAUAAUGACUUCACUCACCAUGAUCAGUCUACCGGCCACGGCCACGGCCAUGCUGGGGCAGGUUUAGCUGGGGCAGGUGUUGGCGCUGCUGCAGGAUAUGGCGCAACUGAACUUGCUCACCGGGGGCAAGGCAACACUGGCCACAGCGGUACAUACGAAUCAACGUCGAGCCAACACGUUCCAGGAGUGCCGCGGAGCAGCAUGCUAGACGUCGAGCCGUCUGCAGGUGUCACCGGCUCGCAUCCCGGUCACACCACCCAAGCAUCUGGAGUUCCACACAACGCCUCGUUGGGUUCCGAGCGAGGCGUCACAGGUUCACCAACACACAACACCUCGUUGGGUUCCGAUCGAGGCGUCUCAGGUUCACCGACGAACGUGAGCUCAGGCUUGGGCCAAUCGUCACCCACCAGCAGCAGCACUCACUACGGCCCAGGCCAUCCUGGAGCCAAGGUGAUGCAUCGGUGCCAGCACUGCGGUAACGACAACGACAUCAGCCAUUAUUUCAAGUCAGACGUUGUCUACCGCCUAGGACAGUAA